GACUCAGGGGGGCAGGGCGCAUGCUGAUCGCCCCUAGCUGAACGACGUGAUGAGUGUGUACAAGAGCAUCUGUGUGAAGUCAAAAUGGGUAUGACCGAAGGGUCUCUGACCGUCGACACUGCCCGAACCGAAGAUGGAACAGGGGUGCAGCAUGUGGGGCUGUGCAGCGCCUUGCACAGGAGCCAGAUUGGGCGGGUGGUGCAAUUCCCGUCACCCCACUCCACUCCACACCCACCACACGGGACGACAGUCGGAGCUGCAAAACACCUCCCCCAACUCUCCAUCGGGCUGGGCCAUGUGCCUGCCGCAACCUGCUCUUCCCGCACUCAACACCAGCACCCACCAACCACCACAGAGCUACUGCGUCCCCCCCCCUCACCGAGCCAUGGCGAUUGCGGUCGACGGCGACUUGGGUGGAAUGCGAGGUCGUCGGCAUUUCUAUUGCGCUCGCGGACGAGCAUUCUCCGGCAGCGAGCGAGAUUCACGAGGAAUGGACUAUCUGUGGCACGACCGCACGGGAUGGCCGUCUUCACGCACGGCGCCACCCAUAAAGGACAGCGUUGCACACCAGUCGCAGGACAGCGUCGCACACCAGUCGCAGGACAGCGUCGCCCCAUCAGUCUUGGAGAAUAAUGCGCAGGCGGCCACGUCGGCGGUGUCAACGGCGGCCCACGAUGGGCCCGCUACUGCCGGCGCCACGGGGAAGGACGGCGAGACGCCUCCGCGCCCGCUCUUCCACCCGGUCAAGGUGGACAGCGUGCACGCGGAGAUGGAUCGCCUGCGACUCGAGCUGUGGGCGGCACGCAUAGAGUGCAGCGAGUUAAGAGGGCAAUUGGAGGCGCGGUCGGAGCGUGCGCUGGAGGAGGAGCGCGCGGCGGGCGCGAGGGGCGCGCGCGAGGAGGCGCAGCGGCAGGUGGAGGAGUUGCGGGGCGAGGUGGCGGCGGCGCGGCGCGAGACGGAGCGAGCGCGGCGGUACCACGAGGAGGAGGUGGCGGUGCUGCUGGGCGCGCACCGCGACAAGGAGGCGCUGUGGCAGCGUAAGGAGGUGGAGUUGGAGCACGAGCUGCGCCACCUGCGCCACCGACUAACGGACUCGCGCAACGCACUGAGUGUGGCGGAGGCGUGUGCGCAGGGCGUGCGAGAGGAGGGCAGCAGCGCCGUGGCCGUGCUGCGCGGGCAGCUGGCGGGCGCGUUGCGGGCGGCAGCGGAGCGGGAGCGGGAACAGCGAGAGGCAAUGGCGCUUGUGGACGGCGACCUGGCGCGGCUGCAGGCGCAGGCGGACGCGGCGGCACAGCGUGAGGAGUUGGCGGUGGCGCUGAUUGACCGGCUGCGCGAUGACAACGAGGCGCUCAGGGCUGCGCUGCACAGGAGAGAGGAGGGCGGGCGGGGCAGUGUGGGGGCGGGCAGCGGGUGGGUGGAGCAGGAACGCAGCAGAUGGCAAGCAGAUGGAGCGGCGGAGAGGGUUGAGGAGGCGGUGGAAGGGAAGUGUGUUGAGCAGGUCCCAGGAGGCGCAGCGUGGCGAGACAUGGUUCAGAGAAGCAAGGCAGAAGCUCCACUUGGCGAUGGCAGUGGCGAUGCUGAUGGUGAUGCAAAAAAAGGGGAAGCAGCGAGGCGCAGCCGCGACAAUGCGGGUGGAGACAGCAGUGGGGCCCACCGAGGGCAAGCUGCAGCAGGUGGGGGGGGGGCAGGGAGGGCAGAGAUGGCGGCAGGUAGCAAGGCGUGGGGGCGGGGAGGCGCAUGUGAGGGUGCGGGUGAUGGGAGAGUGCGGGCGAGUGCGGUAGGUGCUGAGGAGCCUGGAGCUACGGAGCCUGGCGGGGACAGCGAUGCCUGUGACGCGUUGGAGGCUCAUGAUGACAGCGCUGGGCGUGUGGAGGAGACGCAGGGCCGCGAGUACGAGUCCACGUACACGCUGCCGGUGCCGCGCAAGGGCGCGUGGAGCCGCGCCAAGGAGGCUGUGGCCCGGUACUAUGACUCGAGUGGCGGGGAGGGGGAGGGGGAGGAGCAGCGGGAGAGGGAGGUGGAGCAGGCUCUGGAGGAGAACGGGCGGCUGCAGGAGCAGGUGCGGGCGCUGCAGGCGCAGGUGGCGCGGUCGCAGCGCGCGGUGGCGUCGCAGGGCCGCGUGCGGCAGCGCGUGUUGCAGCUGCGUGUGUGUCUGGAGCUGACCACCAAGGUGGUGGACGUCAAGGACCGCGCCCUUGAGGUCGCCGUGCAGCGCGCACGCGCCGCUGAGGCACGCUGCGCCCACCUGGACCGCCAGCUGCAGCUGCAGCACCAGCUGACUUCCAGGGGCGCUGCUGGCCCUGCUGCACCCGCUGCUGUGUGUGAACGCUGCAGCACCCCCGCUGCAAUCGGGGCAGAGGGCAGUGGUGGCAUCAGGGAGAAGGGGCUGGCGAGCGGGUGUCGCGUGGCGGAGAUAGGGGCUGUGGAUGAGGAAGGGGGCCAGGGUGGGCGGGAGACAGGAGCGGGGUCAAGGCAGCACGAGGGUGUGAGGCGGGGGGAGGCCAGCCCGGAUGGCGCUGGUGGCGCAGAUGAGGAGGUGGGCGUGGCAGCGGUGGAGGCUGACCAGGCUGACCAGGCAGUAUCCACGGGGGGCAGCUCCAGGAGGGCAGGCACGGCACGCAGGGGCAGGGGGCGAGUGCGAGGGGGCAGUGAGGCGGGCGGCGAGGGGGAGGAGUGGCCCGCUGUGGGCCUCAAGGAGCUGCAGGCGCGGCGGGACGAGCUGCUGAUCGCCAUGCACGGGCUGCGCGAGAGGGCCGCGCUGGCGGCGGAGAUGGGGCUGCGUGCCGCAGCAGUGCUGGGGCGCAGGGGCAGCGACAAGCGCGGCCAGGUGAGGGAGAUGCUGGCCGAGGUGGAGGGCGAGGCGGACGAGGCACGCGCGCUGAUCGAGCGCACAGAACGGAUCGUGCACAGGAUGGCAGCACUGGAGCGGAGGGGAAAGGCCCUAGAACGCAAGAUGGAGACCAAGCGGGUCAAACUAGUUCAUGUGGAGAAUAAGUUUGGCUUGGCUCCUAGAUCAGCUGGUGUUAAGGUCGCUUGCUUCUCGUGGAAGAUGCUCUUCCAGUAGUAUCAAGUCAUUAUCUGACGUCUCAGAUCCCAGCAUUCCAAGAUGCUGUCCAUGUUCUACCACUCUAGGGGGUUUGUAAUUAUUCACCCCCAGUGGUAGGUUGUUGGUUGCACCUAUUUUAUACAGAAGGCACCCAGGCCGGAACUAUAUGCAGGAAGUACUUAAUUAUUU